AUUUCCAAACAGUGUGUAAAAUCUCAGCACUCUUUUUUAUCGCGUAGACCGAGCGACCCUAAAACCUCUCAUUCUCCCUUCCUCUUUCCGUUUUGGCAUUUUGGCGAUUGAUUGAUUGUUUUAAGUUGGUUAGUCCGACCAUUGCCCCUGAGGUUCGCACAAACUUGUAAGUAAGCAAGUGGGUUCUUGUGAAAUGCUACUGCGAUUCUCUUUUGAAGAGACGAGGAAUUGAUAAUGGCUUCUAGAGCAAUUGUGAGGAGGAGGAGGCUUUUAUCUGACUACUUGAAUGUCUCUGUUUGCUCGGUUCAAAGUUUUCAAAAUCUGGGUAAUGGGCAAUCUAGAAAGUGUAUGGAUUCUAGUGGUUUGAGCGCUGGUGCAAAUAAUUCUUCUCAAGGUUUUAAUGGCAUGAAGGAUGGGGGUGCAAUUUUAGCAGUGAAUGACGAUUUACUAAACUUGUCAGCAUUGGGGCUCUUCAGGCGUAGAUGCUAUGGGAUUACUGCAUCUGGUUGUGCGAUUGGAAGGUCACAAUUUAUUUCCUCAAUGAGGGAUAGGUUGAUGCCACAAUCCAGUCGCUAUUCUUCUACAUUUGCAGCGCAUCAACCUGAUUUGGGUAGUGAUGAUGAAAAUAAUGAAGAUUUGGUUGCUAAAAAGAGAAAGGAAGCAUCUCCCGAGGAAUGUGAUCAAGCUGUUGAAGGUCUUAGUACUGCAAAGGCCAAAGCUAAAGCCAAAGGAUUGCAAGAAUCUCAGAAGGGUUCUAAAUCUGUUUUACAAAGAGCAUGGGCAACAAUUUUAGGGAUUGGUCCAGCUUUGAGAGCUGUAGCGUCAAUGAGCAGGGAAGACUGGGCAAAGAAACUAACUCAUUGGAAAGAUGAAAUUGUAUCAACACUGCAACACUACUGGUUGGGUUUUAAGCUACUGUGGGCUGAUGUGAGGAUCAGUUCAAGAUUGCUGUUAAAACUUGCUAGUGGAAAGACUCUCUCAAGGAGGCAGAGGCAACAGCUAACCCGAACCACAGCUGAUAUUUUUAGGCUAGUUCCUUUUGCAGUCUUCAUCGUUGUCCCAUUCAUGGAUUUCUUGCUGCCAGUUUUCUUGAUGUUAUUCCCCAAUAUGUUGCCAUCAACCUUUCAAGAUAAGAUGAAAGAGCAGGAAGCAUUAAAAAGGAGGCUAAAGGCAAGAAUAGAAUAUGCGAAAUUUCUUCAGGACACUGUUAAAGAAAUGGCAAAGGAAGUCCAAAACUCACGGAGUGGAGAAACUAAGAAAACAGCUGAAGAUCUGGAUGAGUUUUUGAACAAGGUUAGAAGAGGUGCCGGUGUCUCUAAUGAGGAAAUUUUGGGCUUUGCUAAAUUGUUCAAUGAUGAACUUACACUGGAUAAUAUUAGCAGGCCUCGAUUAGUGAAUAUGUGCAAGUAUAUGGGAAUCAGUCCUUUUGGAACAGAUGCUUAUUUGCGAUUUAUGCUUCGAAAAAGACUGAAAUGGAUAAAGAAUGAUGAUAGAUUGAUACACGCGGAAGGUGUGGAAUCUCUUUCAGAAGCUGAACUUCGUGAAGAUUGUAGAGAGCGAGGCAUGCUUGGACUACUUUCAGUUGAAGAAAUGAGGCAACAGCUCCGUGAUUGGUUGGAUUUAUCUCUCAAUCACUCUGUACCAUCUUCACUUCUGAUCCUCUCCAGAGCAUUCACUGUUUCUGGAAAGUUGAGGCCAGAGGAAGCUGUUCGAGAUACAUUGUCUUCACUCCCAGAUGAGGUUGUGGAUACUGUUGGUGUCACAGCCUUGCCAUCUGAAGAUUCUGUUUCGGAGAGGAGGAGGAAAUUGGAGUUCCUUGAAAUGCAGGAAGAACUCAUCAAGGAGGAGGAAGAGAAAGAGGAAGAGGAGCAAGCCAAGAUUAAGGAAUCUGUUGUGGAUCAAGAGGAUGUUGCUUUGAAAGAGAUGACUAUUCCAACGGUCAGAGAAGCACAAGAACAAGCUAGAGCAAGAACUCUGGAAAAACAAGAGCAGCUUUGUGAACUCAGUUGUGCUUUGGCUGUUCUAGCUUCUGCUUCUUCUGUCAGUAGAGAGCGGGAAGAGUUCCUGAGGCUAGUAAAUAAGGAGAUAGAACUCUACAAUAGCAUGGUAGAGAAGGAGGGUACAGAUGGUGAAGAAGAUGCCAUGAAGGCGUAUAGAGCUGCACACGAGGAAAGCGACCAGGCUUCGGACAUGGCCGUACAUAAUGAAAUUUCAUCAGCACUCAUAGGUAGGGUUGAUGCUAUGCUUCAAAACCUUGAAAAGGAAAUUGAUGAUGUGGAUGCUAAAAUUGGUGAUCGUUGGCGGCUACUUGACAGAGAUUAUGAUGGGAAAGUAACUCCUGAGGAGGUGGCAUCUGCAGCUAUGUAUUUGAAGGAUACUUUAGGCAAGGAGGGGGUCCAAGAACUCAUAAGCAACCUUUCCAAAGAUAGAGAUGGGAAGAUUCUUGUUGAAGACAUUGUGAAAUUGGGCAGUCGAGCAGAAGAUGCCGGCGAAGGUGAAGGUGAAGGUGAAGGUGAAGGUGAAGCUGGGGGGAAAUAGAGGAUAGUAACACUCUAGAUUUUCCUUUCAUUUGAUAGCUUGAUAGCACAUUUUUGUAGGGAGUUCUGGGUGAAGCGAACAGUGUCAUUUAUGCUGUCUGGAUUUUUUAGAAUGGAUCGGGAGGCAAUCUGUCUGCUUCUUGUUACAGCUGUCAAUAUUUUGUAGGCGUUGGCAAUUGUUACCCAGGUGAUCUUUUCAAGUGAUAUACAGAAGAAAUGUUUAUAGUUCAGCUGUCUAAUCACAAGGAUGUCUUUGCUAAUGCUAUAAAAGUUGUUUUGUUAGACGGACAAAGACCUUACAUACACUAAGGUACGUAGUUGUCUUCUUGGUUAUAUGCUUUAUACUUGGCAUGAUACACAUGAUUGUCCAAUGUUGAUUAUACCUAGAUGGGUGAGAAUGUGUGUUGUUCCUUUAA